GAAAACAAGAUGUAAACAGAAAAUGGCUUCAUACGAAAGUGGAUAUGACGAUGAGCGAUUCCAACAUCCAGUUGGUCAGAGCUUUCACUGUGGUAUUUGCUACAAUGUCAUCAAAGACCCGGUCAUGUGUCGACAUAAUGAACACUUGUUCUGUAGAAGUUGCAUCACCAGACAUCUCAUGAACUCUCAGACAUGUCCCACAUGUAUUGAGCCACUUACUGUUGACACCUUGACUCGAGCAUCGCGUACCGUAACGAACUUACUUUCAGAGUUAAAAAUUCGAUGUGAAUUCUUUAAUCGUGGAUGUGAAGGAUUUGUCGAGUUAGGAGAUCUUGAAUGGCAUGUUGCGGAGUGUGGUUUUGCCCCAGCAGUCUGCUCGAAUGAAGGCUGUGGUCUGGAAAUGAAUAAACAAGAUUUACUGCAUCAUGAAACAGCCGAGUGUAAAGAAGUACACCGUGAGAAAUGUCACAACUGUAAUAAAAUCAGCCAAGAGAUGGAGAUAGUUAAGCUGAAUUUGGCCGCAAUGAACGUGAAGUUGAUUGAUGUUGAUGAAACCGUUAAACGAAAUGAGAGAAAGUUGGCGAGAAACGAGAAAAGUGUGCUCACAAAUGUUGAGAUGAUGGUUCAAGAUCAACUUACAAGUCAGAGAGAAACCAAUCGUCAGUUCGAAGUCGACAAUUUGAAAAUAAAGGAUGGCUUAAAUAAAGUGACGGAAGAAUUGAAAAGAUUGACACAGCAACAGGAAGAUAUGAAGAAAAGCGUUGCAAUUGCUGAAGUUGAUGAGGUAGACAGAGAUCCAAUUAUUGUUGUUGCUCGAGGAUGGAAUGGUGGAUGUCUAAAUUCUGUGGAAAUGUUCAGUCUCUCGAAUGCGUUGUGGACACGACUACAACCACUCGAGGAACCGCUUCAAUUAGCCUCGUCAGUCGUUUACAACAAUCAAAUCAUUGUCAGUGGAGGUUAUACCCAACUUGAUUUCAUCAAAUCGAUUAAAAAGUUAUCGAUGAAAGCUGUCCGCAUAGACCAGUCCAUAGUUUGGGAAAAUCAUGCUGUAGAGUUACCUGGGCCAUUGUGCGGACACAGCAGUAUCAUUUUUGAUGGGCGAUUCAUAGUAAUUUGUGGCUAUUACACCUCAUUUUCCAGUAAUAUUUCUGAUAUUUCUCUUGUGCCACAGCACAGGAGUAAAGUUUUGGCAACAAUGUCAGAGGGAAUAUGGUUACACAGUGUUGUCUUGUUCGGCAGCAAAAUUGUGAUCCUCGGUGGAAGAAAUGGUUGGAAACAUUGGUCGAAUCUGAAAAGCGUUUUGCUGUAUGAUUUUGUCAAGAAUGAAUGUCAGGAAUUAGCACCAUUACCUUAUCCUGUGAGUGACAUGGCCACAGUCAAGUGGGGUCAAGAUAAUGUGAUUGUAAUCGGGGGAAUUGACAACGAUGGUAAAUCUUUGGACAAAGUAUUAAUGUACAAUGUUAAAACCCAAAAGAUUCACAUGUUACCAGACAUGAAGUACAAGCGACAAGGAUGUAUGGCCACAGUUGUCAGAGACACUGUGAUAGUCAUGGGGGGCCAAUGUGAAACAGGAGAAACCCUCAAGUCUGUUGAAAGUUUCAGGUUUGACUCCUUCGCCUGGGAAGAACUUCCAGAAAUGCAAGAAGCAAGAUACCAGGCAACAGCAGUUGUAUGUUGACUAUAUGUUAUGCGUCCCAAAAUAUUCAGGGAGCAGUUUAAUUCGCAGCUUCUUCAAAACACCGAAGCCUUCUCCCGGACCAUACUACUUCUUCUGACUUUUGGGUUGUUUCUUUGUUUUGAUAUCUUAACCACAUAGUCACUUAUAAAACUCGCUAAAUUAUAUUUCUUAGCAAUAUAGUAUAUAUGAACGAUUUCACCAUUACGGGAAUGACUAGUAUUUGUACUUGUAGUCGCGCCAUUUUAAUGUGCAAACUAUGAAAAUCGUAUAUUUUGAGUAGCGUUGAGUGUAACGAAUGAUUUAAUGAAUACAUUUGUAAAAUUAGAUGUUAAAUUUAGGAAAUUGAAAAGCAUUUCAAAUCGUCAUCUUGUAAUUGCUAUAGAGAGACAUGCACGGCUAUUUCUUGAGAAAGAGCAUGUAAUGUCGCAGGCAUGGCCAUUUUUGUUUUCAGACCUAUAAUAUAGUACAGA